GUAGUCUGUCCAAUCUUUGCUAACCUUCUCUCAGAAAGGGAUCCACAAGGAAAUUGCGUCCCCGUUUCGAAGAAGCUUCUUUUAUUCUUAUUUCGCAGAAAUAAAAACCUCAAAAGGGAAGAAGAAAAAGAAAUCCAAAAUUUUCUUAUCGAAACCCUAACUCUCUGUUACAAUCAGAUCUCAAUAUUGAUUGUUUCAUCAAUUAAUUAGUGGAUCAAUACUCCAACCUAUAACCAUGGGUAACGCAGAAAAACUAAUGAACCAGAUCAUGGAACUCAAAUUUACAUCAAAGAGUCUGCAACGUCAGGCAAAAAAGUGCGACAAAGAAGAAAAAUCAGAAAAGCUGAAAGUGAAAAAAGCAAUCGAGAAAGGAAACAUGGAUGGAGCAAGAAUUUAUGCUGAGAACGCCAUUCGUAAACGUAGUGAACAGUUGAAUUACCUUCGUUUAGCUUCUCGUCUUGAUGCUGUUGUUUCUCGUCUUGAUACACAGGCUAAGAUGGGUACAAUCACUAAAUCUAUGGGAUCGAUUGUUAAAUCCUUAGAAUCAUCACUUACUACUGGGAAUUUACAGAAAAUUUCUGAAACUAUGGAUUCUUUUGAAAAGCAAUUUGUUAAUAUGGAAGUUCAAGCUGAGUUUAUGGAAAGUUCAAUGGCGGGAAGCACUUCUUUAUCCACACCUGAAGGAGAAGUCAAUAGUUUGAUGCAACAGGUUGCUGAUGAUUAUGGAUUGGAGGUGUCUGUUGGCCUUCCACAACCAGCUGCUCAUGCAAUUCCAACGGCAACUGAGGAGAAAGUCGACGAGGAUGAUCUUUCAAGACGUCUUGCUGAACUGAAAGCAAGAGGGUAAGGAAAUUCAAGACUACUAAUCUUUUAAUUUCAAAGAUGGGCAACUUCCUAUUGUUUCAUAGGAUGUAUAUAAUCUAUCGAGAUUUACUGAUAUUACUACUGUUUCAGUGUUAACAUGUUUUUUCUAGAACAAUGUGUAUGAACCUAUGUUUGAACUUGAUACUAUAUCUGAUUCAUAAAUUGCUUGACAUAAUUAUUGUGAGUAGGCUUUCCUUUAACUUGCUUUGUGUCCAAGUCUAGUGAAACUUUUUGGUCUAGGAAUUGUAAUUUAAAUAACUGAUUAUCUUUCAGCUUCCGACUGUGUUUUGUU